GCGCAGCGCGGAGACAGACCGACCGACGGAGCCCCAAACCCGGGGAGAGAAUCACGGAGCUCCGGGGAGGAGAACCGGAGAACCGGGAGAACCAGCGGAGCUCCGGGGAGAACCAGCGGGACGAAACCAGCCGAGACCCGGGGAGAGACGAGACGGAGCUCCGGGGGGGAGAACCGGAGAACCGGCUGGAACCAGGAGAACCAGGACCAGAACCAGGAGAACCAGGAACUAGGGGGACGGAAUCAGCUGGACGGAACCAGAACCAGCAGCUGGACGGACCGGCAGCGGAACCGGCUGGGAGGAACCGGCUGGACGGAACCAGAACCGGCAGCGGAACCGGCAAGAUGCCCAACAAGACCAAGAAGGAGAAGGAAACCAGUAAAUCCAGUAAAAGUGGCGGGAAAACCAGCGGCAGCGGCGGGAAAGAUGGAGGUCCGGAGAACCAGGAGGAGCAGGGCGGCAGCAAGCGGGCCAGCAGCACCAGCAGCAGCAGCAGCAGCACGCCCCCCCCCGCCCAGAGGCCCAGCAGCACGCCCCCCCCCACCCAGCUCAACAAGAUCAAGUACUCCGGGGGCCCCCAGCUGGUCAAGAAGGAGCGGCGCCAGAGCUCCUCCCGCUUCAGCCUGACCCGGAACCGGGAGCUGCAGAAGCUGCCCGCCCUCAAAGAUUCCCCCCCCCCGGACCGGGAGGAGCUGUUCGUCCAGAAACUGCGCCAGUGCUGCGUCCUGUUCGACUUCGUGAGCGACCCGCUCAGCGACCUGAAGUUCAAGGAGGUGAAGAGGGCGGGGCUUAACGAGAUGGUGGAGUACAUCACCCACGGCAACGACGUGGUGACGGAGAGCAUCUACCCGGAGGCCGUGCUGAUGUUCUCGGUGAACCUGUUCCGGACUCUUCCUCCGUCCUCCAACCCGACCGGAGCCGAGUUCGACCCCGAGGAGGACGAGCCCACGCUGGAGGCCGCGUGGCCGCACCUGCAGCUCGUGUACGAGUUCUUCCUGCGGUUCCUGGAGUCUCCAGAUUUCCUGGCAAACGUCGCCAAGAAAUACAUCGACCAGAAGUUCGUAAUGUCGCUGCUGGAGCUGUUCGACAGCGAGGAUCCCCGGGAGAGAGACUUCCUGAAGACGAUCCUGCACCGGAUCUACGGGAAGUUCCUGGGCCUGCGGGCUUACAUCCGCCGCCACAUCAACAACAUCUUCUACAGGUUCAUCUAUGAGACGGAGCAUCACAACGGCAUCGCAGAACUGCUGGAGAUCCUGGGCAGCAUCAUCAACGGCUUCGCUCUGCCGCUCAAAGAAGAACACAAGAUGUUCCUGAUCCGGGUUCUGCUGCCGCUGCACAAGGUCAAGUCCCUGAGCGUCUACCACCCGCAGCUGGCCUACUGCGUGGUCCAGUUCCUGGAGAAGGACAGCAGCCUGACGGAGCCGGUGAUCCUGGGCCUGCUGAAGUUCUGGCCGAAGACCCACAGCCCGAAGGAGGUGAUGUUCCUGAACGAGCUGGAGGAGAUUCUGGACGUCAUCGAGCCCUCCGAGUUCUGCAAGGUCCAGGAACCGCUGUUCCGGCAGCUGGCCACGUGUGUGUCCAGCCCACACUUCCAGGUGGCGGAGCGGGCCCUCUACUACUGGAACAACGAGUACAUCAUGAGUCUGAUCAGCGACAACGCCGCCAAGAUUCUCCCCAUCAUGUUCCCGGCGCUUUACAAGAACUCCAAGAGCCACUGGAACAAGACGAUCCACGGUCUGAUCUACAACGCCCUGAAACUCUUCAUGGAGAUGAACCAGAAGCUGUUUGAUGAUUGUAGCCAGCAGUACAAGGCUGAGAAGCAGAGGGAGAAGUACAAGGUGAAGGAGCGAGAGGAAAUCUGGAUGAGGAUCGAAGAACUGGCCCGUCAGAACCCUCAGAGUCAGAAGCUCCACCCCCUCCGGCCGGGACUCCGCCCACAGGAAGAGCCGGUUUGUGACUCCAUGGACUCGGAGACUCCGACCGUUGAAGACAUUCAGCUGCUGAAGAAAACGGUGGAGAAAGAAGCUUCACAGGGCCUGAAGGACCUGAAGAAGGACAAGGUUCUGACGAGGAGGAAGUCGGAGCUUCCUCAGGACGUUUACACCAUCAAAGCUCUGGAGGCUCACAGGAGGGCGGAGGAGUUCCUGACGGCCAAUCAGGAGGCUCUCUGACCCGGCCCCGCCCCCAGGAGGUCCUGACGGCCAAUCAGGAGGCUCUCUGACCCGGCCCCGCCCCCAGGAGGUCCUGACGGCCAAUCAGGAGGCUCUCUGACCCGGCCCCGCCCCCAGGAGGUCCUGACGGCCAAUCAGGAGGCUCUCUGACCCGGCCCCGCCCCCAGGAGGUCCUGACGGCCAAUCAGGAGGCUCUCUGACCCGGCCCCGCCCCCAGGAGGUCCUGACGGCCAAUCAGGAGGCUCUCUGACCCGGCCCCGCCCCCAGGAGGUCCUGACGGCCAAUCAGGAGGCUCUCUGACCCGGCCCCGCCCCCAGGAGGUCCUGACGGCCAAUCAGGAGGCUCUCUGACCCGGCCCCGCCCCCAGGAGGUCCUGACGGCCAAUCAGGAGGCUCUCUGACCCGGCCCCGCCCCCAGGGGGUCCUGACGGCCAAUCAGGAGGCUCUCUGACCCGGCCCCGCCCCCAGGGGGUCCUGACGGCCAAUCAGGAGGCUCUCUGACCCGGCCCCGCCCCCAGGAGUUCCUGACGGCCAAUCAGGAGGCUCUCUGACCCGGCCCCGCCCCCAGGAGUUCCUGACGGCCAAUCAGGAGGCUCUCUGACCCGGCCCCGCCCCCAGGAAGUCACUGUCGUGGAGAACCACAAGUGGGCGGAGCAAAAAUAAAUGAAUAAAAAGGAGGCUCCGCCCCCUGGUGACCAGUAGAGGCUCCGCCCCCUGGUGGCCGGUAGAGGCUCCGCCCCCUGGUGGCCGGUAGAGGCUCCGCCCCCUGGUGACCAGUAGAGGCUCCGCCCACCAUGUCUCCGUGCUCCACUGUGAUUGGACAUCAGCUUCAUGCACUAACUCACCUCCACCUGC